AUGGAAAAUAAUAAUAAUAAUAUGCAUCUUUAUAAUUUGCUAUUGGCACCCCCUGUACAGUAUGGUAUGAUAUUUGAUAUUGAAGGAUCGUUGAAAAAAGAAGAAUUAGAGGCUUUAGCAUCAAUUUAUGGCGAUGAUUGGUCAGUUAUUGAUGGGACAUCAAGAAUUUACGUCAUUCGUUUGCAGAAGGAUUACUUGGAUUCGGUCGUAUCCAUUGAAUUAAAGGUUCUACUCCCUGUAACCUAUCCUACUGAUAAUGCACCGGAAUACGAAUUAACGGCUAAUUUCUUUAGUGAAGAAGAACAUACCGAAAUGUGUCAUGCUCUUGAUACGAUUUAUAAUGAUAGUGGCGGUGAAGUUAUUCUGUUCCAGUGGGUAGAAAAACUUCGUGAGUGUUUAGCUUGGAAGAUUGAAAAAGAAAAUUCUAUCAUUCAGCGUAGAAAUUAUGUAGCGAGCGGUAGCAACAGUAUUGAUAUUAGUACGGUAUAUCAAUCGUCCGGUUCAGACAAUGAAAUAGAAUCCAAAUUGGACGAAACAGAUAACGCUGUAAAUAGCGCACCUAGUACUAGUGCAAUUAUUGGCAAAGAAGAAAACCCAGAGAUUAUCCAUGGCGAACCUAUCGUAGAUCGCAAGAGUGUAUUUCAGGCUCAUUUAGCAGUAGUAAAAUGUGUUUCUGAGGUGGCCCGCAUGAAAGAUUCCCUUAUGGAAAAGCGUAAAAUUGCGCACGCAUCUCAUAAUGUACUAGCAUACAGAAUUAUUAAUGAGGAACAUGGGACGUAUAUACAGGAUUGUGAUGAUGAUGGAGAAAAAGCCGCUGGAUCUAGAUUACUACAUUUAUUAGAGAUACUUAAUAUUGAAAAUGUGGCGGUAAUCGUCAGUCGAUGGUAUGGUGGAGUAUUGCUAGGUGCUGAUAGGUUUAAACAUUAUAAUAAUUGUGCUCGCGCUUUAAUUUACCAAGCAGGACUCCCAAAGGUUGAUAAACAUCGUAAUCGUAUUGCAGGAAGACACGAAAUAUCUUCUAAGUGUCCUCUACGAGCAGUGACACCUUGA